GACAGGCUGAUGACGGAUUGGACAUCACCUAUAUAUGCUUUCUUCGAACCUACUCCAGAAAUUGAAUAUCAUGACAACCGUCGUUGUCACGUGUUCAAAUGUGCAGUGCGGGGCUGCAAACACAAGGUUCGGCAAUACCUCGAUAAGAAAGAUGCAAAAUAUACCGGAAACAUGCGAAAGCAUGUAAAAAGUUGUUGGGGUGAGGCAGCCUUGCAAAUGGCAAUGGAGCACAGGGACACUGCUGCUGCACAAGACGGAGUUGUUAAGGAUCUGCUUGAGACAGGAACUAUCAAAAGCUCAUUCGAGCGAAAAGGUAAAGGCAAAGUUACCUACUCGCACAGACAGCAUACUCACACAGAGACAAGGGCGGAGAUCGUGCGUUGGGUGUCGGAGAGUCUAAGACCAUUCGAAACUGUGAAUGAUCGAGGGUUUCAGAAUUUGAUGAAGACCGGGCGCCCAGAAUAUUACAUACCUUCACCCUCAACAGUUGCUCGUGAUGUAAAGCAAGUCUUUGUCAAGACUUGCGAACAAAUAGCGCGGAUGCUACAAAAUUAUGAUGGCAAACUGAAUUUCGGAACAGAUGCCUGGACAUCGCCCAAUCACAGGGCUUAUGUAGCCAUCUCCGUGCAUCUAGAGCAUGAGGGUCAGCCAUUCUCAAUGAUACUAGACAUAGUUGAGGUAGCGAAGGUACAUAAAUACACUCGCCCAAAGUUCAAACACAUGCUGACAUAUUGCAGUCUCACAGUGGCGCAAAUCUUGCAGAUGCAUUUGCAGAUAUUCUAA